AGGCAGAAUUCAGCUUGAUCUGAGACAAUCUGAGCUAGACAAACAACAGACAGAAGUGAAUGAUAUUAUGGAAAAAAUGUGGAAUGAGAGAAGCCAACUAGAUGAAGAUAAAAAAGAGAUGGAAGAACAGAAAUGGCAAAUGAAAAAGAAAGAGAUGAUGUAGACCAAAGCAGAAAAGAUCUGACCGCAGACCUAAAGAUGGUGACACUUCAGAAACAAGCGACUGAAGAUGAGAAGAACAAGUUAAAACAGAUGAAGAUUGAGCUGCAAAGAGAAGUGGAUGAUAUCAGAAAGCUAAAAGAAGAAACACAAAAUGAGAGACAGAGUCUGGAAAAGAUGGCCGAAAAACUUCACAAAGAGAAAGAAGAUAUUGCUAAUCUUGCUGGAGAUACAAAGAGGGAAUAUGAGAUUCUGGAUGAAAUUAAAGUUGCAAAUGACUCUUUAAUGGCAGAUCUACAAAGAGAGAAAAACAAUCUUGAGGAAAUGAGAUUGAACAUCUCCAAACAAAUUGAUGAUAUUGAAAAUGAGAAAGUGAAAAUAAGACUGAGACAAAAUGAACUAGAUCAACUACAAGCAGAGAUUCAUAAACAACAAAGUGAAAUGAAAAAGGAAAAGAACAACAUUGAAAGUGAAAGAGCUGCAAUGACCAGAGAAAAACAGGACAUGAUGACUGAGCUGAGAAAGAAGUCUGAAGAUGUUGAGCUUCAGAUGAAUGAGGUAUUGACUGAAAAGGAAAUACUGGAAAAUGAUAGACAACUGCUGAAGAGAGACAUGGAAGAUCUGCAACUAAAAAUAGUUUAUGUAGACAGAGACUCAGAGAGUCUGAAACUUGAGAGAGAAGCUUUGGAGAACGAGAAGGAAGUAAUAAAACAGAUCAAAACUGACCUGCAACGAGAAACACAUGAGAUUGAGAAGAUCAAACUACAAACACAAGAUGAAAGACAAAAGCUGGAGGAAAUGACAGCUCAACUCCAGAAAGAGAGAGAAGAAAUUGACAAUCUCACUGAGGAGACAAAAAGAAAAGGCAUUGUCUUUGAUGAAAUGAACAUUCAAUCUGAUAGAGACAUGCUUGAGAAGGAAAAACAUGAUCUUGAGAAAAUCAAAAGGGAACUUGCUAAAGCCAAGGAGGAUCUUGAAAAAGAAAGAGAAAAGCAAGGAAUCAUUCUGGCAGGGAUACAGAAAGAGAGAGACAACCUAGAGGAGAUGAACGAGACCAUCACAAGACAGAUGCAUGAUAUUAAAAAUCAAGAGGAACAAAUGAGACAAAAACAGCAUGAACUCGAACAACUGAAAACUGAAAUUCAAAAUCAGAAACAGGAACUAGACAAUGACAGAAACAUUAUAAUAAAAGACAGAAGUCAGCUUGAUCUGAGACAAUCUGAGCUAGACAAACAACAGAUAGAAGAAAGAAGAAGACAACUAGAUAAAGAUAAACAAGAGAUUGAAGAACAGAAACAGCAAAUAAAGAAAGAAAGAGAUGAUGUAGACCAAAGUAGAAAAGAUCUGACCAAAGACCUAAAGAUGGUGACACUUCAGAAACAAGUGUUUGAAGAUGAGAACAACAAGUUAGAACAGAUGAAGAUUGAGCUGCAAAGAGAAGUGGAUGAUAUCAGAAAGCUCAAAGAAGAAACACAAAAUGAGAGACAGAGUCUGGAAAAGAUGGCUGAAGAACUUCACAAAGAGAGAGAAGAUAUCGUUCAUCUUGCUGAAGAUACAAAGAAAAAUAAUAAAAUUAUGGAUGAAAUGAAAGUCGCAAAUGAGUCUUUAAUGGCAGAUCUACAAAGAGAGAAAAACAAUCUUGAGCAAAUUAGAUUGAACAUCUCCAAACAAAUUGAUGAUAUUGAAGAUAAGAAAGAGAAAAUGAAACUCAAAGAAGAUGAACUAGAUCAACUACAAGUAGAGGUUUAUAAACAACAAAGUGAAAUGAAAAAGGAAAAGAACAACAUUGAAAGUGAAAGAGCUGCAGUGAUCAGAGAAAAACAGGACAUGAUGACUGAGCUGAGAAAGAAGUCUGAAGAUGUUGAGCUUCAGAUGAAGGAGAUAUUGACUGAAAAGGAAAUGCUGGAAAAUGAUAGACAACUGCUGAAAAGAGACAUGGAAAAUCUGCAACAAAAACUAGUUAAUGUAGACAGAGACACAGAGAGUCUGAAACUUGAGAGAGAAGCUUUGGAGAAUGAGAAGGGAGUAAUAAAACAGAUCAAAACUGACCUGCAACGAGAAACACAUGAGAUUGAGAAGAUCAAACUACAAACACAACAUGAAAGACAAAGGCUUAAUGAAAUGACAGCUCAACUCCAGAAAGAGAGGAAAGAAAUCAAUGAUCUCAUUGAGGAAAUUAAAAAGAAGGGAGAUAUUCUGGAUGAUACCUAUACUGAAAUACAAAGGGAACAAGAAGAAAUUGAGAGAGGCAAAGAUUUGAUUAGAAAGGAACGGUCUGACCUAGAGAAAACCAAAGCUGAGAUGUCUCAAACCAAGGAAGAGCAUGAAAAACAGCUUUCUGAACAAAAAACAAACAUUGAGAUCACUCUGGCAGAUAUACAACAAGAUAGAAACAUGCUUGAACAGAUGAGUGAGAAUAUAACAAGAGAAAAAAUGGCACUUGAAGAUGAAAAGCAAGAGUUACGAAUAGAAAAGAAAGAACUUGAAAGAAUGCGAGAAGACAUCGAAAGAAAACAAGAAGAUAUUGAUCACCUUAGGUCUGGCAUAAAAGAAGAGAGUCUGCUUGAGAAGUCAGAGGCUGAAAUGGUUCUUCGACAGAGUGACGUGGAUGUAGUCAAAUCUUUAACAGACAAAGAAAUGUCAGAUUCAGAUGGAAAAAGUGUUUUGAUGAAACAGAUGCUGGAAAUUGACUUAAAAGAUGCAUUAGAAACAGAUGUUGAGAGUGAAAAGUCAGACUCACCUGAAGUUGAGGAUGUACCUUAUAAACAGGAGAUAAUGUUGGAGAAGAAGUUUAUUGAAGAUGAAAAGGACAAACUGCAACAGAUGAGAGCUGAACACAUUGAAAAGGAAAAGCAGGACAUGCAAAACGAAAUACAGAAGCUAGAAGAAAUGUCAGCUCAACUUCAGGAAGAGAGAAGAAAUCUUGAAAGUCUUAAUGAGGAGAUUAAUGUUCAAAAAAUUAAUCAACAAAAGCAAGCAACUGAGUUUGAAAUGGAGAAGACUGAUUUAGAGAAAAUCAAAACAGAAAUUGCUAAAGCCAACAAACUUCUUGCAGAACAGCAAGAAAAGAAUGAGAUAGCUAUAAAAGAGAUGCGGACAGAGAGAGACGCUCUUGAAGAAAUGAGGGUGAACAUCUCAAAACAAGUGGAGACUAUUCAAAAAGCGAAUGAAAGUCUUUCUCGCAGAGAAAGUGAAGUUGCAAAGCUGCAGGAAGACAUUUUGCAACAACAACAUGAAAUGGACGAACUGAAAAACACAAUCAUGAUGGAAAUGAGUCAACUUGACCAAAGACAAACUGACAUUGAUCUAUUACAGCGAGAGGUUGAUGAUCUAAUGGAAUUCACAAAGACAGAAAUGACCAACGUAGAAAGAGAAAGAGUGGAAAUGAUGGCACAGAAGAGAAAUAUGGAGAUAGAUAUGGUCUGUCUAGAGGAAGAAAAGGAGACCUGUGAACAAUUGAGACUAAAAUUACUUGAGGAAAAGGAUCAGGUUGAAAAAGACAGAGAGCUGUUGACCAAAAAUUUGGACUUUAUGGAGAGGGAAAAAAUGUAUAUGGAGAAAGAAUUAAAGAAUCUAAAAGUUGAAAAGCACACCUUUGAAAAUGAGAAAGAGGAACUAGAGAGGAUGAAAACUGAUCUUCAAAGACAAGCUGAAGACUUGAAGAAACUAUCUGAGAAGACAAAUAAUGAAAGAUGGAGGGCAGUAGAGAUGGCAGCCACAUUUAAAAAGCAAUUAGAUAUCAGUGGUAUUCCAGUGGACUACCAAAAGGCGGAAGAGCUCAUGGAUGAGACAGAGAAGCAAAGAAAGGAAAUUCAGUCUGCCAAAGACUUGCUUCAAGAAGAAAGAUCUGAGCUGGCGAAAACCAAGGCAGAGCUAAACCAAGCCAUGGAAGAACUAGAUAGACAAAGAACUGAUUUACAGAGAGAUAAACACAUUCUGAAGCAAAUGAGUACAAAUAACUUAAGACAAAUAGCUCAAAUUGAAGAUGAGAAGGAAAAAAUACAACACAAAGAGAAUGAACUAGAACAAAUGAGAACAGAACUUCACACUAAACAAAAAGAAAUGGAUAACAUGAAAAACAACAUAAUAAAAGAAAAGGCUGAUUUACAGAAUCUGGAACAAAAGAGAGCUGAGCUGGCUAGAGACUUGGAAAACCUCCAAAUAGAGAAACAAGCUUUUAAAAAUGAGCAAGAUGAGCUGGUAAAGAAGAGAGAGGAUAUUAAGAAGAUGAAGCUAGAAGUUCAGAAAGAAAGGCAGAGGGCUGCAGAAGAGUUAGACAAAGAGAGGCAACAAUUUGCUAAGGAGAUUAAAAUGAAAAAUGACACCCUGGAUGAAAUACAAGCUGAGACAGAAAGACAAAAACAAGCCAUUGCUGUAGACAAAGUGAAUGUUACAAAGGAAAAGAUGGAUCUGGAAAAAACCAAGGAACAUUUCAACAGGCAAUCUGAAGAGAUUGACAUAAUUCGUGAAAACCUACAGAAAGACAGAGAAAGUCUUGAUCAGAUGAGUGAGGAGAUCUUAAAGCAAAAACAUGACAUAGAGAGAGAAAGAGGUAAACUUUUGCAUGAAAAGGAAUUGACUGAGAAAAGCAGAACACAACUGAAACGAGACAUAGAUGAUAUGAAACAAAAUAAAUCAAAUCUGCAUAAAGAAUUAGAGGAGAUAAAAGUUCAAAAACAGGAUAUUCAAGAUGAAAGAGUUAAGCUAGAGCGAAUGAAAUCUGAGUUAGCAAAAGAAAGAAAAGCAAAUGAUGAAAUGUUGAGAGAGGCUAAAAAAGAAAUGGAGAAAUAUGAGGAGAUCAAAUCAAAUAUUUUAAUCCAAAAAGAAGAGUUUGAGACUAAAAGACACUCAGAGGAAGAAGAACUCAUCAGUAUGAGAGCUGAAAUACUCAAACAGAAAGAGGAAUUAGAGGAAAAGAUGCAAAAAACUAAACGUGAGAUGAAAGAAUUGAAGCUUCUUCAGGAUGAAACUGAUAGCAAAAAGAAAGAUCUUGAUCACAAGAUGAGACAGGCAGCGAGAAAGAGAGAUGAGCUGGAGAAAAUGAGAGCUGAUAUUGAAGGUGCAAAUGAGAAACUUGAAAUGGACAGGGUCAUGUUAAGUAUAGAGCGUGAUGACAUGGAGCGAAUGAAAGCUGAGAAACAACGAGUGGGAGAAGAACUACAAUCUUGUACGGAAGAAAGAGGUGGAGAUCUGGAAGAGAAAGAACAAAUAAACACCAAGAUACAGAGGCUUAUUCAAGAGGCUGAAAAGACUAGGGAAAUGGCCUGGAGAACAAAACAUGACCUGGAAAGAAGCAUGCAGAGAGAUGUUAAUGUUCAAGCGGAUUCAGAGGAAAGGCAAGAAAUGAGUGAUUACAUGCAGAGACUGAUCCAGGAAAUUGAGCAUGUCAGAGAGGUUCUCAGAAGAAUGAAAGAUGAAGUCAAGACUGCUAGAAAAGAAAGAUUUGAACUGGAGAACAUGAGACUGGAAGUCGAAGCCAUGAAACAGAGCAUGAAGGAAACCUAUGAGCAACAGAACAAGGAGAUACAAAAAGUGAAACAGCAAACUGAGAGUACCAAAGACUUGUUGAGCAGAGAGCGACGUGAUCUUGAGAAAAAUAGAGCUGAUUUGGAAAGACAAAAACAAGAAAUGGCAUUGGACAAACAAAAACUCCAUGACGAAAAUGAACUGGUGAAGAAAGAAAAUGUUGACAUUAAGAAACAAUAUGAAAUUCUCAAAAACCUUCUUGAAGAAACAACUAGAGAAAGCACAGUACAAACAGUUAAACCUUCCAGAAAAAAAGAAGUAAUGAGGAGAGAUUCAGAGGAAUUAAGGGACAAAAUGGAAUCAUUAAGCAUGGCUGACCAGCAAGAAGAGAGUAAGAGUCAGACAGAUGAAAUUAACAGACAAAUAGACAAACUGACAGAGUUGAAGGCUGAGCUGGAUCAACAGCAGGUAGAACUUCAGAAAACUAAAGCAGAUUUAAAACAUCAGAUGGAUGAGCUAGAAAGCAUGAGGUCUGAGAUAUUACAACAUGAAAAGGACACGAGAGAGGUGGAGCUGAUGGAUAUACAGAGCCAGAGAGAAGUUCUAGAAACAAGGAUUCAGAAAAUGAUGCAUGAGAAGGGAGAAAUGGAAGUCUUAAGGUCUGAAUAG